CCCACUCUGCAGCAGCAAACAAAGAGGAAGAUGGAAAAGUCAUUGCUCAUGUUGGCUGCAGUGGUUUUUCUGGGAGGAUUUUCAGAUGCAACUCUGACUGAAGAUGCAUCAACUCGGAGUUAUUAUUUAUUAAACAUCACGACGACUACGGCUGAGUCCGUCACUGAGGAUCACAGCACAGACAGACCGACUCCGACCACGGCUCAGACAACAUUAUCUACCACCACCGUCAGAGACAAACAGCUGGACACCAAAAACACCAACAAAGAAGACAGCGAGGAAGACACCAAGAACAAAGAAGAACCAGAUGUCAAGAAGACAGAGGAGAAGAAAACUACACUGGACUGUCCUCCCCUCGGCCUUGAGUCCCUGCGGGUCGAUGACAGCCAGAUGCAAGCGUCUUCCUACCAGCGGAUGGGUCUGGGUCCUCACAGGGGGAGGCUGAACAUCCAGUCCGGCAUCGAGGACGGCGACCUGUACGACGGAGCCUGGUGCGCUGAUUAUAAGGACCAACACCAGUGGCUGGAGGUGGACGCGCUGCACCUGACGCUGUUCACUGGAGUCAUCCUGCAGGGCCGAAACUCCAUCUGGAGUUGGGACUGGGUCCACACCUACAAAGUCCAGCUGAGUAACGACUCUGUGAACUGGGAGCCCUGCAUGAACGGGACGGAAGAAGCAAUCUUCGAAGGAAACCAGAAUCCAGAGACUCCGGUCCUCGGACUCCUUCCUGUUCCCACCGUCGCCCGUUUCAUCCGCAUUAACCCCCAGACCUGGUACUUCAACGGCACCAUCUGCCUCAGGGCGGAGAUACUCGGUUGUCGAGUUCAUGACCCGACUGACAUCUACGCCUCGGAGCGAGAGCUUGGAUCAAAAGACGCUCUGGACUUCAGACACCACAACUACAAAGAGAUGAGAAAGCUCAUGAAGUCUGUGACGGAGGAGUGCCCGGACAUCACCCACGUCUACACCAUCGGGAAGAGCUACAUGGGCCUCAAACUGUACGUCAUGGUGAUCUCAGAUAACCCCAGCAAACAUGAGCUAGGCGAGCCUGAGUUCCGCUACGUUGCGGGGAUGCACGGGAACGAGGCUCUGGGCCGAGAGCUCGUCCUCAACCUCAUGCAGUAUUUAUGUAAAGAGUACAAGAGGGGAAACCAACGUGUUGUUCGGCUGGUGACCGAGACUCGAAUCCACCUCCUGCCCUCUAUGAAUCCUGAUGGAUAUGAAGAAGCCUAUAUGAAGGGCUCAGAGUUGGCCGGCUGGGCUGACGGACGAUACAGCUUUGAAGGAAUCGACCUGAAUCAUAACUUUCCAGACUUGAACAACAUCAUGUGGGAUGCUCAAGAGACGGCAGUAGAUAAGUCCAAAGUCACCAACCACUACAUCCCCAUCCCAGAGUACUACACCAAAGAAGACGCGAUGGUUGCACCAGAGACUCGUGCCGUCAUCAGCUGGAUGCAGGACAUUCCCUUCGUCCUCAGUGCAAACCUCCACGGGGGGGAGCUGGUGGUCACGUACCCCUUCGACUGCACUCGGGACUGGGCCCCUCAGGAGGACACCCCCACGGCGGACAACGCUUUCUUCCGCUGGCUGGCCACCGUCUAUGCCUCCACCAACCUGGUGAUGGCCAACCCCGACCGUCGCAUCUGCCACUACGAGGACUUCCAGGCGCACAACAACAUCAUCAACGGAGGAGCCUGGCACACCGUCCCCGGCAGUAUGAAUGACUUCAGUUAUAUGCACACCAACUGCUUCGAGGUGACCGUGGAGUUGUCCUGUGACAAGUUCCCUCAUGCCAGUGAGCUUCCCGUCGAGUGGGAGAACAACAAGGAGUCUCUGCUGGUUUACAUGGAGCAGGUUCACAGGGGGAUUAAAGGUGUGAUCAAAGACAAGAUGACCAAACAAGGAAUAGCUGACGCUGUGAUCAAGGUGGAGGACCACGAUCAUGACAUCCGAUCAGCUGCUGAUGGAGACUACUGGCGUCUCCUGAACCCGGGCGAGUACAAGGUGAUAGUCUGGGCCGAGGGUUACUUCCCAUCCGUGCGUCACUGCCGCGUUGGGAUGGAGCCACGUCCCACCAUCUGCGACUUCACCCUGACCAAAACGCCCAUCCAGAGGCUGAAGGAGAUCCGGGCCAAAGGAGGGAAGAUCCCCCAGGACCUUCAGCUGCGUCUUCGGGCUCUGAGGCUCCGCAAACUUCGUGCCACCACCAAGGUCAUCAACCGCCGCAGGGAGAGUCAGCGAGAGCAGCAGGAGCAGCGGAGGAGAGCUCGGUCCAUCGGAGCCCGGAGGUCGCAAGGAGGAGACGCGAUCAGGGGCUGAAGACGCCUCAGAGACAAGCUGGGUGAUGGGUUGAUUAGGUUCAGUUCGAAUGGAGAAACCUGACCUCUGGGAAUUGUGACGUGUUCCUGUUAAAGGGUCAGUUCACCCAAAUUACAAACAUGUAUUUUUCUGCAUAGCGUCAGUGAUAUCAAGACAGGCAGACAGUUUAUCUGCUGAGGUUUUAUCCAUCAGAGAGAUUUCUAAUUCCACCAAUGUGACGAUCACAGAUUUAAGAUAUUGAAGCUGUGGUUUGUUUGGGUGUUCUGACCCUUUAAGGCAGAUUAAACUAUGACAGUCAAACAAACUCUAACAGCACUUGACAGGAUACUUAAAAAAAAAGCAGGGUUUUAAUGGAUGUCUGCACAUCCAUGGACAGGCGGACUGUUUUAUUCGACAUUAUAGCUGGUGACGCUGUAGUGUUCGUUGUUUAUCUGUAAGACGACUGAGUUGAGAAUUUACCUGUCAGCUGGUCUGAUACGUGACAUGUUUUUUUUUUCUAACACUGUGUCUGUUUUUCUUUGACUAAAGUCCAAAAGGACAAUAAAAUCUCAAAUAAAUAUGA